AUGGCUUUCAGCCGCCGGGUGCAUUCGCUCUCUUCUGGCUACGCAGGGCAGCGUGCAAGCUCUGACUCGGAGCGCACGGCGGCUGCGCGAGAGGAAGCCGAUGUGGAGGAUCUGCCCGGCGGCAGCUUUCCUGCGGAGCAGAGAUCGUCCUGGCUGCCUGCAGGGUCUGAGGAACGGAUGAGGGGACAUCCAGCCACAGCUGCGCACAUGGUGCCCGGAUUGGGUCUGCCACCAGAGGCACUUUUCUGCUGGACAGCAGCGGAUAUGGAGAUGUAUAUGGCUAGCUCUGGCUAUGUGAAGCCCAAGCUGAAGCUGUUCUACUACAUCUCGCCAGAGUGUCCCCAAACCAUCGUCGAUUUGGUUUCCCCACGUCUCCGGAAGCAGAACUGGGCCUGCACUGUGCGUCCAGAACCUGGCAACACGCCGAUCUUCGUGUGGGAGGGAUCUCGGCCCAGCAUUGAUCCGGCGCCGACUCUGUCGCGCGGGGGGCUCGUGAACCGUGUGGCGCCGGCGCUGCCAAUCACCCGGAAAGUGGGCAUGCUGCGGGCAGUGCAGAAGUGGUGCUCCCAGAAAGGGCAGGAGUUCCCUCCGUCCUGGUACCCCCUUACCUUCGAGCUGCCUGGCAGCUUGGAGGAAUGGAAGGAGCACGUUGCGAAGCAUCCGAGCAAGAGGUGGAUCUACAAGCCAAAUGGUGGUGCGCGCGGUGCUGGCAUCAUCCUGGUCUCGGGCGUGCAGGACGUCGACUCACCCGAGCGUCCGUUCAAGGAGCGAUGCCGGCCACCGCGACCAGAAGAUUUGCAUGCGUCGCCGCUGGAAGUGCGCUACUUCGCACCUACCGGCAUCAUUCAGGAAUAUGUCCCGGAUCUGCAGCUCUUAAAAGGCCACAAGUUUGCAAUCAGGGCUUACCUGCUGAUUGCUCGGGUUCAGCCGCUGCUGGUGCUGCUCCACGGUGCUGCAUACGCCAAGGUAUGUGGCCAGGAGUUCGACUCGGAGCACUUCUCGCAGGCCGAUCUCCUCAGGCAUGUCACCGAGCAAGAGUUCCAGAAGAUGGGUGGUCAAGUGCAUGACGACUGGAAGGUCCACCCCGUCAUGUUGCUGGAAGAGUUGGCGCAUGAACUUGCAGAUGAAGCCUCAGGAUCGGCGAAGGACUGGAUGGAGGCAUUCUGGACACAGGUGAGGCAGACGUGCCUCCAGGUGGUGGAGACUUUCCACGACUCGCUCCGAGAUGAGGGCCGGCUGGGCAUGUUUGAGAUCCUGGGCUUGGACUUCGUCUGUAAGGCAGAUGGCACGGUGAUUUUCCUGGAGGCGAACAGAGAUCCAUCCUGGGUCAUCGAUCCUGGGGCAAAGACGGCGAUCAUCCCAACAAUGGUGACCGACAUGUUGGACAUAGUCUUGCAGGCACACGGCGACACGGGUGGGCGGAGCUACAGCUCCAUCACGGAUAUUCUUCGUGGUUGCAACGGCUGCUACAAGUUUCGCGUCCUCAUCGACGAAACGAGUAGUGAAGAGGGCUUGGAGACGAUCAGUUCCACUCCAGCGGAGGAAAAACAUGGACAGCCCGCUUUUGCAGUCCUUCUAAGUUUCCAUUCGGAGGGAUGCCCGGCGUUCCAGAAUUCUGCCUUCUACGAAGGCGAGGAGGCAAGACACGUCGAGCUAAAUGGCAGGUUGCUUUUGCCUUGCCGGCGGCUGGAGAUGGGUGACUUCCUGCUGGUCAAGUUGGCCGAGGCCGGGGAAUCCUCAUCGGUCGGCAAGAGCCAGGGGCCGCCGGAAGGACGUGAUGAGCUGGAUAGUUUUCUCAAAUCGCUUCGGUUCCCCACCGGCCGAGGACGCCGCCGCUGCAAUGGAGCACGCCAUCGCCACAAAGCCUGGCGCCUGGCUGUGCCCCACUCGCCGAUGGGUACUGGUGACGGCAUUCGACGCUGGAAUGGAUGA